ACUUCAGACAGUAAACUGUGGAUGCUGCUGCACAGGAAAUGCUUUGUGGACUUCUGUUAGUCAUUUAGCGGCUUCACUUCUCUAAAGGAUCUCUGUCUGAGAACACGGAGCGUAAAGAGAGAGGAAAUAAAGUGAACACAGCGCGAGCCGGGAUGCUUGAAUUAGGACGUUUCGCUUUGACCACAGCAGCAGUUGUUGCGCUGCUGUCCUGCGUAUUCUCCUUCAACGUGGACUCGAAGAACUCUUUGUCGUUCGACGGUCCGCUGGAGGACAUGUUCGGGUACACCGUGCAGCAGUUUGAGAACAGCGAGGGGAAAUGGGUUCUGAUUGGAUCGCCGCUGUCGGGCCAGCCAGCCAAACGGACCGGAGACGUUUAAAGUGUCCCGUCGGGGGGGGGGGAACACGUGUGUGAAACUGGAUCUGCCCAGUAACA